GGCGCGUUCAGAAAUCUUCGUGGAUCGCGCACGUUGCCGCGUAAAAGCGCAUUCGUACGUUGCCGGCGCGCGUGCGACUACCGUCGUUGUGUCGGGAUAUCCGUGAUUUCAUGUUUGUUUUGUCCAAUACUAUAAUAUCGUGCUAUUCGUCCGCCGUGUGGUUCGAAAUUAAUUUUCUAUCCGACUUCUAAGACUCAUCAAGAUGUCGGUCCAGAUAUUGUGUUGAUUGUCAUACAUCAGCUGCUCACCUAAUGGAUAUUAGAUCGACGUAUUAUUUUACGUCUGGAUUAAACACAAUGUUGGUGAGAUGGACGUUGAUUACAAUAAUCGCAAUGGCCAUGGCCGAAGGACACGUCAACGUAACAACUCGACGGGAAUCAACUGUUCCAUCGUACGUGGCGGAUAAUGUCACCGAUUAUGACUACAUGGCCAACUAUACCGAUGAGGAAUAUCACAAUUACCUGGUCGACUACAUUACGCCCCAAAAAUCCGAAUGGGUAUUUAUAGUCAUGCACUCAAUGGUUUUUGUGGUCGGACUUAUCGGAAACGCUUUAGUCUGCGUGGCCGUCUAUAGGAAUCGAACAAUGCGAACUGUAACGAACUAUUUCAUCGUUAACUUGGCGGUGGCUGACUUUUUGGUGAUUUUAAUCUGCUUGCCACCAACCGUGGUGUGGGAUGUCACAGAAACAUGGUUCAUGGGCACUGUUGCUUGCAAAAUGGUUUUGUACUUUCAGACCGUCUCCGUUACCGUGUCAGUAAUGACGCUGACGUCGAUUUCCAUCGACCGUUGGUACGCCAUCUGUCAUCCUUUAAAGUUCAAAUCUACCACCAGCCGUGCCAGAACAGCCAUUAUUAUCAUAUGGAUCGUGGGACUCGCCUCAGACAUUCCAGAGCUGUUGGUGUUGGAAGCCAUCGAAAAGACGAAGCGUAUUUCGUCCAUCUAUCUGACCCAGUGUGAAGCUCUGUGGAGCCAAGAGUCUGAGACCAUCUACCAGAUCGCCAAGACCAUCGUCCUCUACAUCCUGCCCCUACUGCUCAUGUCGGUCGCCUACUAUCAGAUUGUCCGGGUUCUGUGGAAAUCCGACAACAUACCCGGACACACGGAAACUGUGCAAAUGUUCAACGCCAAUGCUUACAACGGGUUCAACCGGACGGCGACGAUGGGGUGUACCAGCACGAUGGCUCAGAUAAAAGCCAGAAGGAAAGCGGCGAAAAUGUUGGUGGCAGUUGUGGUCAUGUUCGCACUGUGCUUCUUUCCCGUGCACCUGAUGAACUUGUUGAGAUUUACAGUGGGCAUUCAACAAACACAAGCAACAGCUCUAGUUUCAAAUUUAAGUCAUUGGCUCUGCUACGCUAACAGUGCAGUGAACCCGUUGAUAUAUAACUUCAUGAGUGGCAAGUACCGUAACGAAUUCAAACGGCUGUUCCUCUGCUGGGGUUCAAACAGGCAGAAUCGCCUGCGCCGGGGAGCACACACGUCUCGAAGUGGCACGUACAUUUGCCGUUUCACGAUGACCACGAUGAAGACAGACAAUGUGAGCUUCGGACUGUCGCCUGAAGACAUUCAGUGAAUAUGAUACUAUAAUGGUGACUCGACGGAAACGAUACUAUAAUAAUAAUAUUGUACUCGCUCGGAAGCGAUCCAUUUUUUUUUUUUUUUUAGUCUUCUUAUUUUGGCUUUGGCGAUAAUAUAUU